AUGCACGCUUUGAAACGGAACGAUGUUAAACGCAUGGAACGUGAAAUCAAAAUGGAUUCCACCACAAUAAAUUGCGCUGUCAAUAUUGUGACAAUAUUUUUAAUUCAUGAUAGUAGUGAAUCAUCCAGUAGCAGUUCUGAUGAUAAUUAUAGUGACGAAGAAUAUGAGGACAGUUUAAGCACCAACCAGGAAUUAGAAAUUUUAUAUUCUAUUUUAAUGGUGGGUGAAACACGUGGAGAAACAGUUGUACAAGAAAAAAUAACAGAUUUUGUUGAGAGAGUUAUUCCUGGAUACACGAGGCGCAUAUUCAAAGAACAUUUUCGAAUGUAUCCGGAAACAUUUGAAGUGGUAUUACAAUUAAUUGGGCCAGGAUUAAGAGCUAUAAAUACAUUACCUGGAAGAAAACCAGUCUCUGCCGAAAAGCAACUCCUUGUAGCAACUUGGUUUAUGUCUACUCCUGACUCUUAUAGGUCUGUAUCAACGAAAUUCGGAAUUGGAAAAGCAACUGCAUUCAGAGCAUUAAGACGAGUAACGUAUGCUCUACAUUGUAUUGCUCCUCAGUUUAUUCAGUGGCCCAAAGGUGCAGUUGCUACAAAAGUAAUGAGGGAAUUUGAACAAGUUUGUGGUUUUCCAAAUGUGAUAGGUGCUAUUGAUGGCACUCACAUUAAGAUUCGUGCUCCAAAAGAAGAUCCAGACUCAUAUAUAAAUAGGAAAGGUUUUCAUUCAAUGAAUGUACAAGUUGUUUGUGAGUCGCGUGGAUUAUUUACCCAUUGUUAUGCCGGGCAUGUAGGAUCUGUGCACGAUGCAAGAGUUUUUCGAAAUUCACCAGUGGCAGAUUUUCUUCAAUUACCUGAAACCUAUUUUCCUGAUGAUUCUCAUAUUAUUGGAGAUGCUGCGUAUGGUAUCCAUCCACAUGUUAUGGUACCUUUUAGAGAUAAUGGUCAUCUGACAAAUGCACAAAAAAAUUUUAACUAUUGUUUGUCAUCUACACGAAUGCAAAUUGAACGGGCAAUAGGUCAUCUGAAAGUUCGUUUUAGGAUUCUCUUAGACUGUUUACCUUUAAUAGAUAUUUAA